GAGAGGCGGGCGGGGAUUUCCUUGCUUUUGCCCCAUCGCGGUGUCUCGCGAAAAGAUCGCCUCUUCUUCUGCAGCCGCCUUACUGGAGCAGCGAGGAAAUUCCCAAAGCCUUCAGCCUGAGAAACCGCUCCGCUCUCUCUGCCUGGGUUUUUUUUUUUUUUUUUUUGGGCAUGUGCUGCUUUUCCGCUGGUUUCAACAGUGCUGCUUUUCGAGACACGGGUGCGUUGUUUUCCGCCCGCUAACCGGCGAAGAUGGCUGUCACAUUGCACACUGAUGUUGGUGAUAUUAAAAUUGAGUUAUUCUGUGAACGAACACCAAAAGCUUGUGAAAAUUUUCUGGCUCUCUGUGCUAGUAACUACUACAAUGGCUGUACUUUUCAUCGAAAUAUCAAAGGCUUUAUGGUUCAGACGGGAGACCCAACUGGUUCUGGGAAAGGAGGAAUCAGUAUUUGGGGCAGAAAAUUUGAAGACGAAUACAGUGAAUUCUUAAAGCACAGUGUCCGUGGAGUUGUUUCCAUGGCAAACAAUGGUCCGAAUACAAAUGGAUCUCAGUUCUUUAUCACUUAUGGCAAACAGCCACAUCUCGACAUGAAAUAUACUGUCUUUGGGAAAGUAAUCGAUGGCUUGGAUACACUUGAUGAGCUGGAGAAGCUGCCCAUAAAUGAAAAGACAUUCCGCCCCUUGAAUGAUGUUCAUAUUAAAGAUGUGACAAUUCAUGCUAACCCUUUUGCUCAAUAGUUACCAUGGACCAACUUUUUUUAAUUUGAACAUUUCACAGGAGACAAAUUCCAAACCUGUUUAAAAUCAAACAUUUUUCUGUUUGUCCUAUGAGACAAUGUACCUGGAUUGACUACACUCUUCCCUUUUUGAACUUCACCUUUGUCAAGAGAACCACAGAUUAAUUGAAGGUUUCUUUUGGAAAAGCCGUAGAGAGGCUAUUUAGAUGCCAGGCAUCAUAUUUUUUUAUAAUUCAUCAAGAAUCUGCAAUAUCAAUAAACUGCAGAGUUGCUUGACAAAGAAUGCUAGAAGAGAAAUCUAGAUUAACAAAUAUUCAUUCAGGGAAAUUGGAUGAAUAAAAUAAAGAUGUAUGAAUAUUUAUAUAAA